CCAUGCACACAGCAGCACAUGGUUACAAUCAAGCCCAUAAAUCAGGCGCCUCCGAUCGAAUAGUCCGAAUUAAGCACACAUGCACAUCAGACUGGGGCUGGCUGCUGUUGCAGCAGAAGAAGCGAGAGAAACAGUCACACAUCAGGGGGAGGGAUGGAACCAAAAAGCCUCUAUAGUGAUCAAUAUCUGACUGUCUUUUGCAAAUCGCUGCAGUGCUUCACAGGUGUACACUCGAGUAUUCUCAUACGGAUUGACUGAACUGGAGCCACAUGUCACAUGUGCUUCAUAGGAAGAACCGGGGCAUCAUCUGCUGCAAGCUGGAUCUGGAGGAGGAUGCUGCGGCAAGUGAUACACAGAGGGCUGAAAUCUUCUUUCUACUGGCUGGGUUUGUUCGUGAGCAGGCAUCCGGUGUUCUUCCUCACCGUCCCCGCAGUCCUGACCAUCAUUUUCGGAUCCACCGUGCUGAGCCGGUUUAAGCCCGAAACGGACCUGGAGAUCCUGGUCGCCCCGACGCACAGCCUCGCGAAGAUCGAGCGGAGUCUCGCCAACAGCCUCUUCCCCAUCGACCAGUCCAAGCACAAGCUGUACUCGGACCUGCACACCCCCGGCAGAUAUGGCAGACUCAUUCUGCUGGCCAAAUCCGGGGGAAACAUCCUGGAGCUGGCCGAGCAGGUGCUCCAGGUGCACAAGAAGGUCCUGGAUAUGCGUGUCAAUUACAAAGGCUUCAAUUACACUUUCGCGCAUCUCUGUGUCCUGAGCCACCGGGACAAGAGAUGCCUCCUGGAUGAUAUCAUCACCAUAUUCGAAGACAUUCGUUUAGCUGUUCUAUCUAACAGCACUUUUUCCAAGGUUCCCGUGAGCUACCCGAAUACAACAUUAAAGGAUGGUCGAGUGUCCUUUAUUGGCCAUCAGCUGGGUGGCGUGGCCUUGCCCGCAAAUAGCCGGGACCAACAAGUCAAGUUUGCUCGCGCCAUCCAAAUCACCUACUACCUCCGCAACCUUGGGCCAGUGGUGCAGGACAUCAUUUCAGAGAAGUGGGAGAGUGAAUUCUGUAAGCUGGUGCACCAGUUGGCUACAGACAGCCAGGAACUACACAUCCAGUCGCUUACGUCCUUCAGCUUAUGGCGGGACUUCCACAAGACAGGCGUGCUGGCCAAGAGCGAGGUAUUGGUCAGCUUGGUGCUGGUGCUCCUGGCAGCCACCAUCUCCAGCUCUAUGCGGGACUGCUUGCGCGGGAAACCCUUCCUGGGCCUGUUGGGCGUCCUUACCAUCUGCAUCGCCAACGUGACGGCAGCUGGGAUUUUUUUCAUCUCUGAUGGGAAAUUUAACUCUACGCUGCUUGGGAUCCCCUUUUUUGCUAUGGGCCACGGGACAAAGGGUGUGUUUGAGCUCCUGGCAGGCUGGAGAAGAACCAGAGAGAGUUUGCCCUUCAAGGAGAGAGUGGCAGAUGCUUUCGCCGACGUGAUGGUGUGCUACACCAUGACCAGCUCGCUCUAUAUUAUCACCUUCGGCAUGGGUGCCAGCCCUUUCACCAACAUCGAAUCCGUGAAGGUUUUCUGCCAGAGCAUGUGUGUAGCAAUCCUUGUGAACUACUUCUACGUAUUCUCAUUCUACGGCUCCUGCCUGGUGUUUGCCGGGCAGCUGGAGCAAAACCGAUAUCACAGCGUCUUCUGCUGCAAGAUCCCUUCGGUGGAGUAUCUGGACCGGCAGCCCACUUGGUUUAAGACCAUGAUGAGUGACGGCCAUGAUUUGUCUACACACCAUGACAGCGUACCCUACCAGAACCACUUCAUUCAGCACUUCCUGAGGGAGCAUUACACAGAAUGGAUUACCAACACCUACGUCAAGCCUUUUGUGGUAAUCCUCUACCUGAUUUACGCCUCCUUUUCGUUCAUGGGAUGUUUACAGAUCAGCGACGGCUCCAACAUAAUCAAUCUGCUAGCUAGUAAUUCGCCCAGUGUGUCGUUCGCCCUGACCCAACAGAAAUACUUUAGCAACUACAGUCCGGUGAUUGGGUUUUACAUCUAUGAACCCAUUGAGUAUUGGAACUCCACAGUGCAGGAGCACCUCAAGACGCUGGGCCAGGGCUUUAAUAAGAUUUCAUGGAUCGAUAAUUACUUUCACUAUCUGAGGGUCGUGAAUGUCAGCGCGUCAACCAAAAGUGAUUUUAUUAACAUCCUCAAGACUUCUUUUCUGAGGAGCCCAGAAUAUCAACACUUUGUGGACGACAUCAUUUUCUCCAAAAACGGAGACGAGUAUGACAUCAUCGCAUCCAAGAUGUAUCUGGUGGCCAGGACGACCGAGAAGACCAGGGAGGAGGUCGUAGAGCUGCUAGAGAGACUUCGACCGCUCUCCCUUAUAAACAGCAUCAAGUUCAUCGUUUUCAACCCAACGUUUGUGUUCAUGGACCGCUACAGUUCCUCCAUCAUCUCCCCCAUCCUAACGUCGGGCUUCAGCGUGCUCACCAUUCUCAUCCUCACCUUCUUCCUGGUCAUCAACCCACUGGGGAACUUCUGGUUGAUCUUGACCGUCACCUCCGUGGAACUGGGCGUCUUGGGUCUCAUGACGCUCUGGAAUGUAGACAUGGACAGCAUCUCUAUCCUGUGCCUUAUUUAUACUCUCAACUUUGCCAUGGAUCACUGUGCCCCCCACCUCUACACGUUCGUACUGGCCACUGAGCACACGCGGACUCAGUGCAUCAAAAUGUCUUUAGAGGAGCAUGGGGCCGCCAUUUUGCAAAACACCUCGUGUUUUGUAAUUGGGAUAAUGCCUCUUCUCUUUGUGCCUUCAAACCUGACCUACACACUGUUCAAGUGCUCCCUUCUCACAGCCGGCUGCACAGUCCUGCACUGUUUCGUCAUCCUACCGGUGUUUUUGACAUUCUUCCCGCCCUCUAAGAAGCGGCACAAGAAAAAGAAACGCGCCAAACGGAAAGAGCGGGAAAGGGAGAGGGAGCGGGAAAGGGAGAGAGAGGAAAUCGAGUGCAUCGAAGUCAGGGAAAACCCGGACCACGUGACCAAUGUUUGAUUGAAAGACGUGUGUGAACGUGAGUGGUAAGAAAUCAGCUCCCGUCCACUAGGGGGCGACGUCAGGCAGCACUUCACAGGUCCAGAGGUGGCCGAGUCCGGCACUCUCGCCCCUGGGGUGACCCUUGCGACCCCAGCAAUCAACAACAGUGCUGUCCAGAGUUAAAACCCCCUUCAUUUCUUGUGUACUCUUCGUCCAGAACAGUGUAUAACAUCUGCAGCUGCUAGCCGUUAACUUGAAAGGUUUGCGCGAGAAGGUUGUCUGUAUACACAAACUAAUACAAAAGACCUAAACAGAAAAUGUUAGCAUGAAUCCAAGCAGGUGGUUUCCUGCUUAUUUUAGAUCUCCAGUGGUAUCCCCAAUGGUAUUCACGUACGUUUUGUAAGAGCAGAUAUGAGAACAAGUACAUUUGCUCUUAUUUAUCACCAACACUAUUCUUUUUGAUCACUCUGUUUUUCUAACUGUUAUGCACCUCACGUUUCUCCAUAAUUAAUCAAAACCAACUCUGUUUAAAAAUAACUAUGUGAAAAAUAGUAGCGAGCGGAAGUAGCAGUUUUCAGCGUCCAUUAAAUUAUGCAGCACUCUCCUACAAAUAACACUUGGCAUGCAUUUAUCACAAAUGUCCUGUAGCAAAUCUAACAGUGUGUUUGCAGUUUCUCUAGUAGCAGUUAUUUAGACGUAUUCACUGAGACUCCCCCCAAGAGGUCCCACCUUAAACCUGGAAAAUAUCCUCCGAGCAAAGCAUUAAUGCUCAGUAGAGUGAGUCAUUAAGAAUUGUAAAAGGUGUUUUUCUCCUUUAAACGUUCAGUGAAAGUACAUUUGUCAAAUUUGACAUUUAGCUAAUAUUCAGACUGUAAUUUGUUUUACUCUUCCGGGUAAAUAAACAGUGUCUGAAGGUUUGCUUUGUGUGGAGACCACCGACAUGAAUCACUAAAAUGUUUUGCAUAUAAUAUUAAACUGCAUAUGCCAUUUAAAAAAGGUUUUCUAAUUCACCCAAGUGGCUCAUUCAUGAGAAAAGAGACUUGUAGCAUGUCUUUUUUGAAGCUGCUUUGGUAUGGUCUGUUUUUUUACUUGCUUGUGUGUUUGUUACAAAACCACAAAUCUGGUCGUGUUCAUAAGCAAUGAAAAAGAGAUUAGAAAGUUUUCCGUCCUGUUGUUUUGUCAUUUGCACAUUAAGGCGGAUUCACCGAUGAUUUUCGUCUAAAAUAUACAGUGUGUGUCGAAUCACAAGAGUAGGUAUUGUUUUUGAGUGUAGCAUGUGUUUUGUCUGUAUUUGUGUGUGUUUGCGGAGAUGAGCAGUGCAGAUGAUAUACACUGUGUUCACGCUGAAUCUCGCACAAAUCAAUAUAAAGGCAUCAAGGUGCAUUCUGGUGGAAAUGAGUGUGUCCGUCUUGUCCACAGGAAUAUUAGGCAUUGCAUCGGGCGAGGUUGUGUAUUAGCAAAGUAGUUGAUCCAUACAGUUUUGAUUUAUGGGUUUUUUAUGUCACAAAUAUGUAGCUCUUUAAGAUGCAACCCAAAAGAUAAUGUGGCAAAUGUAAACUAAGGAGUAGUUUACCCAAAAACAAAAAUUCUGUCAUUUACUCACCCUGUAUGACUGUCUUUCUUCUGCAGAACACAUUUCAAAGAAUGUUUGUGUUCAUACAGUGGAGUCCAAAUGAAUUUUGACUGAAUGCGGGUGACAAACAAUGACAGAAUGUUUAUUAUUAGGUGAACUGUUCUUUUAAUCUGCAAGUUUCUAGAAUGAACUGUGUAGAUGGAGGCAAAAAUCAGCAGCUUAUUCCCCCCCACACCCGUAUCCCAGAAGCCUUUUGGUUGAUGUUCCAAUAAUCACAAAUUAAAAAUAUUUAGUAUAAAUAUUUCAUCAAACUCUGAUUGUCCUAAUCAACAGUGUAAAGGUGUAAUCAAAGUAAUUAUAUCCUUAUCUCAUGCAACAACAAACUGUUCUCGUGCUUGCCAUGUUUCCAUUGGUUCAGAUGUAGAUUCGAAACGAUUCUAGGUCAGUCAUCGCAAUGUAUGCCUCAACGUAGACUGCCUGCCAAAAAAAGUGGAAUUUGAACCCAAAAAAUGUUGCUAGCUUUUGUCCUGCUGUGUAUAUUGUACACAUUUCAUAAUCAUUGGACUGUGCAAAAACGCAUGUGGUAGCCAGAGCCUUACUGAUCCAGUCCAGCAGCUGGGUUCAUUGUAGAGUCAUUCCAAAGGCAGAAGGCCUCUCAUGGGGGAAAGGUUUUGUUGACAACUGUAGAGUUUAUUUGAGAGGUUGAAAUACAUGGACCAAAAGUUUGCUAGAGAAAAGUCCAUUAGAAAUGAUAAAACGCUUCAUUGUCAAAGGUUUUGGGCACCUCAAGCUAAUGGCCACCGUGUUUAGAUGCAACAUUCCAAACCCAGCAGGUUUCAUAAAUAUUAGUCAAUGAAAUUUUUAUGUACUUUGUGUCUAAAUCAACGGCAUCCCCAUAUUUUGUAAGAGCUGUUUAAUUUGUGUUGGAAGAGGGCAUGAAAAUUAAAUAUACGAAGACAAGAGAUGCAUAAUGAAAAUGAUUUAAAAUCAUAUACUUCCCAAAAUGACUGUGUAUGCAUGUAUUGUAUGUAUGCAUGUAUUUGGUUAGUGUGUGUAUUUUUUUUUCCUGACUUUUUGAGAGCUGUAGUUGCUGGAGUGGAUUCUUUGUUUUAAUGCAUACUUGAUACCAUCUUUAGAAAUUUCUGUUUAACCUUUUUUUUCUGGUGUGCUUUGAGCCAGUAGGAAAAAUUAUAAAUUGUAAAAUAAAUGUAUAGAAUUUUCUAAUUUUUUAAAGAAGAGGUGGAAACAUUUUUUUAAGAUGAUGGUCAUGUUAUUAUAAAAAGCAAUAAAGAACAAAAAAAGGCAUAAAAUAAAGUAAAUGAACUAAAACUCAGUAGGCCAGUAAUAACGUAUGGAAUGUUAUUUGCAUCCUCAAUCCUCACAAAUUGGUUCUUGCCACACUACAAUAUGUUUGAUCUUUUGUUGUUACUGUAUCUAGUAGCCUAUAUGAAAACCACAAUGUAGUUUUGCAGUACGCAACAUCUCUCCCUGAAUAAUCCAUUUCUUUAUAGGUGGCCAAAACCGAAUCGUAAUUAGAAAUCUUAAUUAUAAUGCAAUGUGUAGUCAUAGCUAUAGAGAGUUUGUAAGAAAUCUGCUAAAUAUAUUGAUAAAGCUAUUAAAACGCCAAAUAACUUUUCAGGACACGUAAUUAAGUUCUAAUUAUGUAACCCAACUGUGUGUAUAUCGGUCUGCUAAACUGCUGGUCAUAUCUGUAGUGUUAAGGCUGUAUAGAUGAAAAUCUGCAUACUGUUCUUUUUGUUGUGAUGCAUGUUCUUGGAUCAGACCAUAAAUCACUUAGUCGACAUUCUUAUUAUCUGCUUUAUUUAACUUCAAAGUGGCCCACAAAUCAAAGUCAACACAAAGUCACCACCGUUUUCAGUGAAACUACAGACUUCAGGCACGCAGCUAUGUAUUCUGAGGGCCAUAAAUCAAAUAUGCACUUUGGGCUCAAAUCAUUUUGACAAAAAGCAUGCAGUUUUAGAUUUCAUGAGCUAAAACUGUAAAUCAGUUGCAAAACUAAUCAUUUUCAUUAUUGGGAUUCUGCUGUGUCCCAUUUUCUGCAAAUGCAAUGUCAGAGGUCAAACAACAAACAGAUACUUUUACCGUUUUACCGCUGUGUGAAGCGCUCUGUGAAUAGUUAACACAUUUCUAAUAUUUAAAAGCUCAUGUUACGCUUCAAUACUUUCAGGUCAACUUCUGAUUAUUUCAUCAGAAGAUGUAUUAGGUAAAAAAAGAACAUUUUAACAGAUUUAAUAACAUUCAUAUUCCUAAACACAGGCAACUACGCACUGACCAUUUACAGAAGCAGUGAAUACUGUGCAUCACUGUUAUUUUGAUUUUAAAGGCUUGUCCUAAUUAGUGUUUUGUCAUGGGAUUUGCUAUUUAGAAUGCAGGUAACAGUGUUAACAUCUUUUGCUUUCUGUUGUGUGUAAUUUCAACUGUAUUUUACAUUGCCAAGGACAAAAAGUCAUUGCAAUACACAGAGGGACUUUUUUAAUACAAAAAAAAAAAAAAAAACAUCUGAUAGUAUAGUGUAUUCUAAGGUAAUGAUAAAAUGCUGGAUAUUAAUCAGCUUUUUAGCACACACCAGCAUGCAGUAUUUUUCAUGGUCAGGUCAUUCAUACUACAGAGCAAUAAUCUUACAAAAAAACGCAAACCUGUAUGUUGUUGUUGUUUCCCCUCUGGUGAAAGUCUUUUUCAGACUCUGCCAGGAUCCAAAAUUAACACUUUUUAAAUUCAUCACAGUUAUGUAAGGUGAUGUUGAGGCACUAUAUCAGUAUUCUUUUUCUUCCUAUUUAACUGAAAAUGUGUGUAAAAUAGCUUUGAUGGCUAAUAAUGUAUAGGCCUAUAUAUAUAUACACACACACUGUGUAGUGCAUUGCGAAAGUAUUCAUACCCCUUAAUUUUUCCUUGUUUUGUUGUUCAACUGCUUUAAAUUACUCUUUUUGCACAUCAAUCUACACUCCAUACACCAUAAUAACAAAGCAAAAACAGAACUGUAACUUUGUAAAUGUAUUAAAAAUACAAAAACUGAAAUAAGUACAUUGCAUAAGUAUUCAUAUCCUUAACUCAGUACUUAGCUGAAGCACCUUUGCCGUCUUUUUGGGUAUGAUGUGACAAGCUUUGCACAUCUUCACUUGGCAAUUAUCUGCCAUUAUCUGCCACUCAAGCUCUGUCAGCUUGGAUGAGGGCAGAUGCACAUUUUCAGGUUUAUCCAGAAAUAUUUAAUUGGGUUCAAGCCUGGGCUCUUGCUGGGCCACGUAAGGACAAGCCUCUCUUGCUGUGUGCUUAGGCUCAUUGUCAUGGUGGAAGGUGAAACUUUUGCCCAGUCUGAGGUUCUGAAUGCUCUGAGUUUUCAUUAAGGCUAUCUCAAUAUUUUGGUGCAUUGAGAUUUCCUUCUACUCUGAGUCAUUCAGUCCCUGCCGCUGAAAAACAGCCCCACAGCAUGAGGCUGAUACCACCACACUUUACUGUUCGGGUGCUACUGGCUUAAACCAGUGCCUGGUUUCCUUCAAACAUGAUGCUUGGAAUCGAGGUUCAGCAGACCAGAGAAUCUUGUUUCUCACAGUCUGAAGGUCCUUUAUGUGCUUUUUGCAAAUUCCAAGUUUGUUUUCAUGUGUCUUCACUGAGGAGAGGAUUGAGUCUUGCCACACCACCAUAAAGCCCAGAUUGGUGGAGUGUUGCAGUGAUGCUUGUCCUUCUGUAGUUUUCUCCUAUCUCCACAUAUGAUCAUGGAUCUCAACUACAGUGACCAUCAGGUUCUUGGUCACUAUUCUAACCAAAGCCCUUCUCCAUCAAUUACUCAGUUUGGCCAGGGGGCCACCUCUAGGUCCUGGCUGUUUUUAACUUGAUCCAUUAAGGGUAAUGGAGGCUACAUGCUUUCGUGAAUUUUCAAUGCAGAAGAAUUUUCCCCAGAUGUGUGGCUUGACGCAACCCUGUUUCUGAGCUCUACAGGCAGUUUUCUUGACUCCAGGGCUUGGUUUUUGCUCUGAUAUACAUUUUCAGCUGUUAGACCUUUUAUUAAGACGUGUGCCUUUCCAAAUCAUACCCAUUCAAUUGAAUUUGCCAGAGGUUAACUUCACUUGAAGUGUAGUAACAUCUACAAACAAUAUAAAUGCUCCUGAGCUAAAUUUCAACUGUCCGAGAUAAGGGUAUGAAUACUUAUGCAAUGAAAUCUUUUAAGUUUUUUUUGUUUUUUUUUUUUUUUUUUAUAUAAGGAGAAAACAAUGGUUAAUCAUAUUUGUGCAGUCAUAUUUCACAGUGAAACUGUACAAUGACCUGCUAAUUCAUUGGGAAUUUUAUAUAUAUAUAUAUAUAGAUAUAGAUAUAGAUGAUGUAAAACACAGUUUCAUGUCAGGUUACAAAUAUUUAUGACUGACAAAUUUUCUCAAUGCGUUGGCAAGUGUAACAAAAAGUUAAUUUUGGAUCCUGUCUAUAGCAGUGAUACCCAUCUUUAGUUUUCAAGUCCAGUUUUAGCCAGGUUAAACAGAACAAAUCAGCUAAAAUCACCAAGCUAACAAGUCCAACAAGCUCUUCACUGUUGAGAACUUUGAUUUAGGUGAGGCUACAUAAUUUGUGACCUCAAUUCAUAUAAUGAUCCCAAAACAUUCAUGUCUUGCAUUGUAUAAGCCAACAAUAAAAAGAGAAGGCAGCUUCUUGUAGAACUGAGCUCAAAGUUGUUCACUGCUUUAUCUGUAUAAACUCUACUGCGUCGUUUUUUUUACUGUAAAACCAUUAUUCGGCAUAUUAAUUGUGAAGGCAGGUUUUAAAAUAUUUUUUAAAGUCGUUGUUAAUCAGGAGUGACUUAUUGUCAGUGAUCUGAUUUGGUGCCUGCUAUUAGGAAAUGAUACUUGACAAUGCAGAGUAACUAACUGGUGUCGAAGAUAAUGCCCUGUUCUUUAUGUUUGGUAAAUUUGGCAUUUAUUUCUUUUGUGUUUAAGCUAAUGGUAAUGGAGCACUCACUGAAGAUGUGUGAUUGUUAUGCGAGUGCUCAUCAGCUUUGUUGAAACAAAAUUAGACAAGCAUUAGACUGCCAUGGAUUGUGUCAUAUCAAAGCUUUUAAAAUGUUAGCUUUUGCAAUCAAAGACCCACAAGUUUAUAAAUUACGAGACAGUUCGAAGCGCUAAAUAUAUUUUAAUGUGACCAUUUGUUGUACGUAUUGCCAGCAGCAAAUCUUUAUAAGCAGCUUACGCAAUGUAAAAGGUAAUGUGAGUUUUCAGUGGUACAUGUAAUGCAAUUAGUACAUACCUAAACAAUAAUGAGACUAGCUAAUAUUUCAUUACUUAAGGUUUUUCUAACAGGUAAAAAAGUAAUCUGUGAGAUUUAGUUUGCUGUUGUCUGUUUAGCAUCUAUGUUAGUUCUUAAUAUGAAAAAAGAAAGAUUCAUAAGUCACCCGAAAACAGUAAAUUCUUAGUAUGGACAAAAUUAACAGUUAGUCAAAUCCAUUUAUGAGCCCAAAUAUGUGCAAUUACAAAAUAGGGAUGUGCAAUGGUAUUACAGUAACAUAGUAGUCUACAGCAUUUUAUUCCUUAGGAUCAUCUCAAAGACACAAACUAAGUGCGAUCUUUAGGUAAAAUGGCGCUAAGAUGAAUAACAUCACAUGAGAAAUUAUGUAUGCAAAGAUGCUCUCUAUGUCUUUUUUAUUAACACAUUAGUUCUAAAGCAUGAAGGUUUAGUUCCUAUGCUUGUGUAUAACACUGUGAUGCUCAUACAAAGUUUACUUUUACGGACAUGCUUGCAUUGGAACGGGAGUGAAGCCAUUGGUGUGACGUAAACGGGACGUUUGAUUCUGAACCCCCAUUUCUAAAGAACGAAACACAUCAGUAUCGAAACUGUGAUGCUCACAAUGGCUUAAAGCUAGACAAUGUCAUGGCUGUGUGGCCUAAAACCCCUGUUAUGUAAUUCCUAGUCUGUGUUUACUUGUGUGAAUCUGAAUUGUGUUCAAGUAGCCCCAUUUCCUUCUUUCUUAUUUCUCACCGCUUUGCUCUCAGCAGCUCCAGCGCUUAAUUCAAUGAACUGCCGCAAAUGGGUUACAUAACCUAUCUGCAGUGAUUCUGUAUUCUUACUUACUUGAUUACUUCUGUGCUUUGUUCAGAGAGUGUGAAUAGCCCUGAAAACAGACCCAAAGCGUAAGUCUCUCAAGCAGAUCAAAUCUUUUCCAACGCACGAAAGAAAGAAGAGCGAGCCGCAAGAUUGAUGUCACACGCCGAUAUGAGUCUGUUUGUGCAGUUGUACACUUGUUGGGUGUCUUGAAAUUUUUGAGUUCACUGUGAAGUGGAUAUGUCAGACUUAAAAACAUGACGUUUUAGAUUCCAUUCUGAUGCAAUGACUUGGUUUUAUUUGGAACGCACAACGGUAGACGUGAACAUAAUGAAUAUGUCUUCCAUUAAUAUGGUGUUACGCACCAGAACACUGUUUCGUUUGAGUUUCGUCACAAUUCAAGGUAGCGAGUAACGUGAACUGAAUCGAUCAGCCAAAAAUAGAAACCAUAGUAAAACGAUCAUUUAAAGGAAUGUCUUUAAGUCUGAAUUUAUAAGAUGUAUGCAUUUGAAUGCUCUGAAUAUUUUCAUUGUAAACUAUUUUUUACUGCCUGCUAUGUUGAAGCUAUAAAUAUUAUGCUGAUGUACAUUUUUAUAUGGAAACAUGGAAAUAUGGAUUUUUUCAUU